GUGAUUGUGUUUGAGUUUUAAUUGGGUACACAAUAGGAAAAUUUCCGUAGCAGAUAGGCUACGAUUAAACAUAUAUAAGGAUGUCCAAAAGUAUCGUCGAUACGCGUAGUAAUGAGAUCAUCGUCAACGGAAAAAGGUAUCGUCGAUUACACUGCAUCGAUUACGAUCGAAGGAGUAACAUGUGACUGUUGCGUCAGUCAAUCCAUAUCGACGACAUCAUCUACAUACAUUUCAUCGAUAUUUCGUUCGAUGUAUAGCGAAAACAUAAUCUGUACAUAUAUAGUUUCGGAUUUUACGAAAAAACUAUUAAAUCAACGGAGAUUUUUAAAACUUUAUUACACAUUGCACAUCUAAUGUGUAAAGCUUGUUGUAAUUUAUACAUUACGUUAAUCGCGAUGCAAUCAUGAAGAUGAGCGUCGGUCUGAAGACAAUGGCUUUCGUGAAAAUAAAUCGCCGUGUUCGGCGAAUUUUAAACAUACGCAAGUACGUGAGCGAUCAACUUCUCGCGGAUGGCGAAGUGAAGAAGCAAAGGAUACCGUUAAACAUCAAUACCAACAUGCUGAAAAUCGGCUUUCUCGGCGGAGGAAAAAUGGCUCAGGCCCUCGCCAGAGGUUUCAUACGAGCAGGUUUAAGCAAAGGCGAGAUGAUGCUGGCCAGUUGCCUUCCAAAUGAUAUUGGAAGCAUUGAGACAUUUAAAGAAAUGGGAUCAAAUACUGUUUUCGCUAAUGCUCCAGUCAUAGAUUACGGUGAUGUGCUGAUCUUAUCGGUGAAGCCACAAAUUGUACCGAAAAUUCUGCCAGCGUUGAAGAUGCACGACAAUAAGAAAUUACUCAUCUCUAUCGCCAUGGGUAUCUCCUUGACCUCAUUAGAAAAGGCGCUGCCAAAAGACACACCCGUGAUAAGAGUAAUGCCAAAUACACCGGCAUUAGUGGGUUGCGGAGCCACGGUGUUUGCGCGUGGCAAGCAUGCGAGCGAUAAGGAUGCCGAGGUCACGGAGAAAUUAUUUUCCGCCGUAGGCAUUUGCGAAGAAGUCCCGGAAAAUUUCAUCGAUCCUGUCACUGCCUUGGCCGGUUCCGGUCCUGCUUAUGUAUAUAUGAUAAUCGAAGCUAUGGCUGAUGGUGGUGUGAAAAUGGGGCUUACCAGAUCCAUCGCAUAUAAACUCGCCGCGCAAACUGUUUUAGGCGCCGGUACUAUGGUCCGUGAGACAAAUAUUCAUCCAGGACAGCUUAAGGAUGACGUAACUUCACCAGCAGGAUCCACUAUAACUGGUAUUCAUCAUUUAGAAAAGCACGGUUUAAGGUCGGCACUAAUCGAUGCCAUAGAGGCGGCAACGCUUCGAUGUAGAGAAGUUAGUUUACAGACAAAAAAAGAUUAUUAAUAGCAACAAAGAUUGUUGUUACAUAUAAUAAUAAUUGUGUAUCAAUGACAUGCAUUUUAAAGGAUUAAAUAUGUAAACGUGGAUUGAUAUAUAUAUAUAUAUAUAUAUAUUGGGUCCAAAUAUAAGGGUGGAGCAUUUAAAGUCUUACAAGCUAUUAUCUCUGAAAGUACACAUUAUAGCAAAAAAUGUUUUAGACAAAAGUUAUUCGAUUUGAAUGGGGACAUAAGAAGAUGCCAUUUAUUUGACCUUGGAUAGUCGUUUGAAGGUCACGUGAAGGUCACCUUUAAUUUUUUAAAUGGAAACCCUCAUUUUCCAU